AUGCUGGCCCGCCGAGGUUGGUUUUCAUUGUUGGUUUUAAGCUGCGCUAUUUCGGUUUGCCAUGCGGAAAAUAUUCUUUUUCUUCAAACGACUCCCUCCAGGAGUCACCACAUCUGGAACAAGCAAAUAUUCGAUCGGCUUCACGAGAAUGGACACAACCUGACGAUAUUGUCCUUCGAACUGGAACAAUCCAUUAGAGACAAAACGUUUCUACUGGUGGAUAACUUUUAUGGAAAAAUUAUAAAUGAGCUGACCGACGCUAGUGGAAAUGACAGCACCGAUCCCAUGAGCCCUUUCGAGAACAUCGUCAACAUGUACGGCUUUUACGAAAUGGCAAGCGAAAUCCUUAUGAAAGAACCCGUUGUAUUGGAUCUGUUGAACUAUCCAAAAGACUUUAAGUUUCACAUGAUAGUUCACGACUUUACAAUGGGUCAGUUUCUGCUAGGGUUUGUUCAACGAUUCGACAAUCCGCCUCUGGUUUCCGUCUCUGCCUUCAACGCUCCAUCGUACACAACAUUUCUAGCAGACAUUCCCCUUCGGGUGACGACAAUGCCUAAUUAUGCCGCUGAUUUCGGCACCUCGAUGAACCUGAUCCAAAGGCUCUGGAAUACAUUCUACUGGUGCGUAGAAUACUAUUACCGACAGCGGGUGUUUAUGAGCAGAGAGAACCGAAGACUGAGACAAAUAUUCGGAGAAAACACUUCAACCAUCGAACAAAUCGAGCGCCAAUCUUCUAUUGUAUUGGUCAAUAGUGAUUUCAGCUUCGACUAUCACCAAGCUCUGCCUCCGAACGUUAUUCCAGUCGGAGGGCUUCAUAUUCAACGAUCUGACAACCUUGGACCGGAAUUGCAAACCUUCCUAAGUCGUCCAUCCAAAGGAACCGUCGUCUUUAGCCUUGGAAGUAACGUUAAAGUGGAAGAGCUUGGAUACCAGAUAAACCAAGCAAUUCUGCAAACAUUUACAAGCUUCCCCGACUAUAACUUCGUGUGGAAACAUGGUGCUCCGGAAUGGUUCAAUACUGUCCCGGAAAAUGUUAUCCUUCGAAAGUGGAUUCCUCAAUCCGGUCUACUCGCCGAUACACGUACCAAGCUGUUGAUUGGACAUGGCGGUCUGCUCGGCUUGCAGGAGGCCCUGUGGUACGGGAUUCCGGUGAUCGGAAUUCCCUUCUUCGCCGAUCAGUAUCAGAACGUUGACAAGCUAGAAAGGGUCGGCGUGGGGCUGAAGCUGUUGCUGUCAGAUUUGAAUAUCGCCAAAUUGAGACAAUCUGUAGGCUCUGUCCUCGGCGAUGAAAAGUACCGACGUAAUGCGCAUUUUCGCGCAAAGCUGUUCCGAACUCAACCACAACCGCCUCUGGAGCGCGCCAUUUUCUGGCUCGAGAAAGUGUUGGAACACCGCGACUUUCCCCACCUGACGUCUCCGACCUUGGACAUGUCCCCGGUUCAGAUCUACGGCCUGGACCUCGUUUUGGGGACCGCGCUUAUCUUUGCUGUUGUUUACAAAAUUUCCGCAAGACUGUUAUCAUUCGCAAAUAAAGACUCAUGAUUGUUUCUGUAUUUCCAAGACGUGAUCGUCUCGGGCGGUUAGCUUUGGGUUUAUUAUUGAGAAGCAGAAGUUACAAGAUCUUGCUUUCGGCGCCGUUCGGUCGCCGAAGGUCGCGAUUCAGAUGUGGGCCCCCUCUAGCGAGGCCACUGAGGCCGCAUACGAGGGGGGCGGUUCAUCAAUGAGCAGAUACUU